CAGCCUCCGCCGCCGCCGCAGCAGCAGCAGCCUCCGCCACCGCCACCGCCGCCUCCGCCGCUGCCCCAGGAGCGGAACAACGCCGGCGAGCGGGAUGAUGAUGUACCUGCAGAUAUGGUUGCUGAAGAAUCAGGUCCUGGUGCACAAAAUAGUCCAUACCAACUUCGUAGAAAAACUCUUUUGCCAAAAAGAACAGCGUGUCCUACAAAGAGCAGUAUGGAGGGUGCCUCAACUUCAACUACAGAAAACUUUGGUCAUCGUGCAAAACGCGCAAGAGUAUCUGGAAAAUCACAAGAUCUGUCAGCAGCACCCGCUGAACAAUAUCUUCAGGAGAAACUACCAGAUGAAGUGGUUCUAAAAAUCUUCUCUUACUUGCUGGAACAGGAUCUUUGUAGAGCCGCUUGUGUGUGUAAACGCUUCAGUGAGCUCGCUAAUGAUCCAAUUUUGUGGAAACGAUUAUACAUGGAAGUUUUUGAAUAUACUCGCCCUAUGAUGCAUCCUGAACCUGGCAAAUUCUACCAGAUUAAUCCAGAAGAAUAUGAACACCCAAAUCCCUGGAAAGAGAGUUUCCAGCAGUUGUAUAAAGGUGCACAUGUAAAGCCAGGAUUUGCUGAACAUUUCUACAGUAAUCCUGCAAGAUAUAAAGGAAGAGAAAAUAUGUUGUAUUAUGAUACAAUUGAAGAUGCCCUGGGUGGGGUACAAGAAGCUCAUUUUGAUGGACUUAUCUUUGUUCAUUCUGGAAUAUACACUGAUGAAUGGAUAUAUAUUGAAUCUCCAAUCACCAUGAUUGGUGCAGCACCUGGAAAAGUAGCAGAUAAAGUUAUUAUUGAAAACACUAGAGAUUCAACCUUCGUCUUUAUGGAAGGUUCUGAGGAUGCUUAUGUUGGAUAUAUGACAAUAAGGUUUAAUCCUGACGACAAAUCUGCUCAACACCAUAAUGCACACCACUGCUUAGAGAUUACGGUAAACUGUAGCCCUAUUAUUGAUCACUGUAUUAUCCGAAGUACAUGUACAGUUGGCUCUGCAGUAUGUGUUAGUGGUCAAGGAGCAUGUCCCACUAUCAAACACUGUAACAUCAGCGACUGUGAAAAUGUUGGACUUUAUAUAACAGAUCAUGCACAGGGAAUAUAUGAGGAUAAUGAAAUUUCCAAUAAUGCUUUAGCUGGGAUUUGGGUUAAAAAUCAUGGAAACCCAAUCAUUAGACGGAAUCAUAUCCAUCAUGGACGUGAUGUUGGUGUGUUCACAUUUGAUCAUGGCAUGGGUUACUUUGAAAGUUGCAACAUACACAGAAACAGAAUAGCAGGCUUUGAAGUAAAAGCCUAUGCUAACCCCACAGUCGUUAGAUGUGAAAUUCAUCAUGGGCAGACUGGAGGAAUAUAUGUGCAUGAAAAAGGAAGAGGACAAUUCAUAGAGAAUAAAAUCUAUGCAAACAACUUUGCAGGUGUAUGGAUUACCUCAAAUAGUGACCCAACAAUAAGGGGGAAUUCUAUAUUUAAUGGAAAUCAAGGGGGAGUUUACAUCUUUGGUGAUGGACGAGGCCUUAUUGAAGGAAAUGACAUUUAUGGCAAUGCAUUAGCAGGAAUUCAGAUUAGGACAAACAGUUGUCCAAUUGUUCGACAUAACAAAAUUCAUGAUGGUCAACAUGGUGGGAUUUAUGUGCAUGAGAAAGGACAAGGCGUAAUAGAAGAGAAUGAAGUUUAUAGUAAUACUCUGGCUGGGGUCUGGGUGACAACAGGCAGCACUCCAGUACUGAGAAGAAACAGGAUACAUAGUGGAAAGCAGGUUGGUGUAUAUUUUUAUGACAAUGGACAUGGAGUGCUAGAGGACAAUGAUAUCUAUAAUCAUAUGUAUUCAGGGGUUCAGAUAAGGACUGGAAGCAACCCCAAAAUUAGGCGCAACAAAAUCUGGGGAGGACAAAAUGGUGGAAUUCUUGUUUAUAAUUCUGGUCUAGGCUGUAUAGAAGACAAUGAAAUAUUUGACAAUGCAAUGGCUGGAGUCUGGAUUAAGACAGAUAGUAAUCCUACACUAAGAAGAAAUAAAAUCCAUGAUGGAAGAGAUGGUGGCAUCUGUAUAUUUAAUGGGGGUCGAGGUCUCCUUGAAGAAAAUGAUAUUUUCAGGAAUGCUCAAGCAGGUGUUCUCAUCAGCACUAAUAGUCAUCCAGUCUUAAGGAAAAACAGAAUAUUUGAUGGCUUUGCUGCAGGUAUUGAAAUUACAAAUCAUGCAACUGCAACACUAGAAGGCAAUCAGAUUUUUAACAACCGGUUUGGAGGCUUAUUUUUAGCAUCUGGUGUUAAUGUGACAAUGAAAGAUAACAAAAUAAUGAACAAUCAAGACGCCAUAGAAAAGGCUGUUAGUAGAGGCCAAUGUUUAUAUAAAAUAUCAAGUUAUACCAGCUAUCCCAUGCAUGAUUUCUACAGAUGUCACACUUGUAACACCACAGAUCGAAAUGCCAUAUGUGUGAACUGCAUUAAGAAGUGCCAUCAGGGACAUGAUGUAGAAUUUAUUAGACAUGAUAGGUUUUUCUGUGACUGUGGUGCUGGAACACUGUCUAAUCCUUGUACAUUAGCUGGUGAGCCUACACAUGAUACAGAUACACUAUAUGACUCUGCUCCACCUAUAGAAUCUAAUACAUUGCAGCACAACUGAAUUCCUUCCCUAAAGAAAAAGUCCUGCCAUUCUAACAUCAUAACUUAAAACAUUUUUUUCGGAAGAAGAUUUAAAAUAUUUGCCCAUGCUACAGGAAGAGACUGUAUUAAAAAUGGAUACACGAGGUCAGUUGACACUAUGAAGCUCAAGCUACCAAAAAGAAAGUGGCAAUAUAUUGACUCAGGAUCUCAAAGCUGGGUGUUUUAGCAUUACUGUGUAAAGACUUUUGAAGGGACAGAAGUGAAGAAAUAAGCUGCAAUUUUGUACAGAUACCAACUUCUGAAAAAAAGCUGGUGUUUUUACAACUAGCAUUGAAUGCAGUCCAAUUUGCAGUAGUACUCUUCAAUAGACAAGCAGCUUUGUUGCUGCCUUUAUGGACAUGGGUACCAAUUGCUUUUGUAAUAUGGUAAAAAUGUGAGCUAGCACUUCUGCGUUUCUUUUGAUUUUUUUAACAUGUAUUCAGAUUGAGAAAUAUGAUUUUAAUGCUUUAAUCUCAUGUAGUUUGUUUUUAAUUUCAAGCAAAUCUUCUUGUACUUGAAUGUGCCCUGUUUUGUUAGCACACCUAGACUUGCUGUAACUGUACUCAUGUCCCAGUAUGUACGUUCUUUCUAUGAAAGAGAAAACACUAAUCUUAAAUUA